AUGCAGAGCUACAGGGACCUAGCGAACACCACCGUGGAUCAGAAGAAAUUUUUGGACGAAUGCAUUUUCAUCGUCAAGGAGCAGAGCUUUUACAUGAAGCAGGCACUGGAGAAUGGAUCCCUCCGGGACACGUUGAAGCACGCGUCGAACAUGCUGUGCGAGCUGAGGACGUCGCAGCUGUCGCCCAAGUACUACUACGAGCUGUACAUGCUCAUAUUCAACGAACUGCAACACCUCGAUACAUUUAUAAGCGACAAAAAAAAACAUAAAAAAAGGUUCAUUGACAUAUACGAGAGUGUCCAGCACGCAGGAAAUAUUAUUCCCAGGCUGUACCUACUAAUUAUUGUGGGCAGAAACUACAUAAAGAACAAAGACAUUAAGGCAAAGUACAUCUUAAAAGAUAUGACGGAGCUGUGUAAAGGUAUUCAGCACCCACUGAGAGGGUUAUUUUUACGUUACUUUCUAAUUCAAAUGUGUAAGGACAGAAUACCUGAUACAGGAAGUGAGUAUGAAGAAGCAGGUGGAGGGAAUAUAGAUGAUGCCUUUGAAUUUCUUCUCUCGAACUUUUAUGAAAGUAUCAAAUUGUGGAGCCGUAUGAGUGAUAAGGUAGCUAUUAAAUUGGCACCGGGACAAGACGAACAAGUUUUGCAUAAUAAUAGAAAUAAAGUCUUAAGAGAAAAAAUGGAUGUGAAAAUGCUAGUGGGAUCGAAUCUGGUUCGCAUGUCUCAAUUGGAAGGAAUGACUAAACAGUAUUAUAUUGAUAAAUGCCUCCCCAAAUUGUUACACAAUCUCUCUACCAUCAACGACUCACUCAUUCAACAAUACAUUUUUGAAUCCAUCGUGCAAGUGUUUAGUGAUGAAUGCCAUAUAUAUACGCUGGACAUUCUCCUAAAUGCUAUUUUAAAAAUAAACAGCUCACUUGACUUUAAGAGCAUCCUGAUUACGUUACUGAAAAGGCUUAGGUCUUUUAUCGAGUCGAAUAAUUAUGAAGUGCCAAAAGAGGUCGACAUUUUUUCUCUCUUUUAUGAGCACCUAGUUUUGUAUGUUAAUCGCACGUUAGAUUCGUAUGACGGAGGGAAAGGCACGUAUAGUUUGGCGGUCCAACAGGAGGGUCAGAGGUUUCCCAUGGAGCACUACAAGGGGGGGGAGGAGGAGAAGAAGAGAGGCGUCCUGACGUUCGGCGCCACUACAGUGUCCACCAAUGUGGUCACCACCAACAACGCGCCAAUCACAGGCAGUCACCAGAUCAACACGAACGACCUCCUUCCCAACUGCAAAAUUGUCAAAAGUGCAGAUGCGAAAAGUCACCCCGGAGAAGAGAAGCGAACGAUGAAGGAAGGCGCUUAUUAUGGAGGAGCCACACACCAGGGAAGCAGCAACAAAGCCGCCAACUAUGGAAGCCUGCCCAGGGGUGUUCACCGCCGUUAUAGUAAUGAUGAGAAGAACCAGCGAAACGAUCAUGGUGGUGAAGACGGGGAAGACGACGAAGCUGUGGAGAACGUAGUUAAAAUGCUUCAAGUUAUUUAUGAGUUCAUUUUUUUGUGUAUACGUAUAUACGACGACGUCACUACCAUCACCAAACUGUUUGAGCUUCCAUACACCAUAGCAUCGAAUGUAAACCUCAACAAUGAUGUACUGUGUGAACAAAUAAUUAACAUCAUCGUGCUGCCCUUUAAUUACCUAGGGUUGAGUGCGCUUAAGGGGAAAAAUAUGCAUGGGCUCCUGGCCAGCAUAACGGCCCAGAAGCAUAAAAAGAAACUUAGCCUGGACAUCAUUGACGCGAUUAUUGAGUGCAAGAAUAAGGCCAUCGUUUACAAGGACGUGGAGGAAAUACUCAAUUAUAUUUCCCCCAUUUUUAACGAAGAUGUGAAGAGGAAAACGGACGCUGCAGAUGAGCCACACCGAAAGGAUUGUCACCAACGAGAGGUAAACGAGGCAGACUUUUUCAACCUAGACAACAGCACCAUCACAUACGCGGCUAAGAAAAUGUGCAAAUUUUUUCACAUCAUAACAAAUACAAACGAUAUUGAUGAACGGUACAAUAUCUGCAUGUUGUUUUAUAAGCACAUAGAAAAUGGACCCUACUUAGUGCACCUCCUGCCAACCAUGGUAUUCACCAUGCUGAAUUUAGUGACGACCAUCACGAACCUUGUGCCUACCACGGCGAAGAAGAGCCAGUUACAGCGCGACGAGCCCUUUGAGAAGAAGGAAGACGCCGAUGAAGAUGUCCAUGAUGAGCAUACGCAUGAUGAUCAUACACAUGAUGAACAUAGCUAUGAUGACCUGGUCUUACUACGUAAUAGCCGCGGUGAUAGCACCACCCACAUGGACCUCUUCCCAGGGGACCACGCAGAGGAAGACCCCUACUUGGAAAAUAAACUAAAGCAAUACAAUUUGUACGUAAAGAAUAUUUUAAAGUUUAUUCACACGAAUUUGCUCUCAGUGAGUAGUGAAAUUCCGAUGCUAGCUCUUAAGCUUUUCCUGCACAGUGCCGUAGUGGUAAACAAUUAUGACCGCUUCAUCCAAGCACAUGACUUUUUGUCCUUUGAAAAUUUAGAAGCCAUUUGUUACGAAUUCAUAACACAGCCACUGAUUAUCUACGAGGAAGAUAUUAACAUCUCCUCACAACAGUACAGCUGCAUAAUUUGGAUCACAGGAAUUUUGUGUUCUCAUAUUACUCUCCUACAAAAUGAAAACUACGAAAAUAUUGCUCUCAAAUUAACUCAGCAUGCAAAUAAGUUGCUGAAAAAAAAAGACCAAUGCUUAGGCAUCCUCGCCUGUUCUCAUAUUUAUUGGGAAAAUAAAAAGUACAGAAAUAGCGCCAAGGUUUUGGACUGUCUUCAGAAGUGCAUAAAAAAUGCAGAAAUUGCUGUGCAGUCAAAUAACGAUAAUAUUAUUCUCUUUCUUUUUUUGUUGCAAAAGUAUGUCUACUACUAUGAGGCAGAAAAUAUUGAAGUCACCGAGGACAGCGUGCAAUACCUGCUCCACAUUUGCCAGGAGGAGUACUCCAGGGACAACUGCGAUCCCAACUUUAAGCAGGAGUUCCUUCAGAUCGUCAAGUACAUACACGACAAGAAGCAGAGUUCCAACGCCUUCGCCAAAAUUGGCCUAGACAUCGCCGUGUAG